AUGGCGGACAUACAGAAGGAGUUUCUACUUGAAUGCGUCAAUAUAUUAUUUGAUCGCUGUUUGGGCCCGAAAACGUUUCAAGACUAUUCAGUAUAUCUAUCACUUAAUGACUGCAUAUCCAAAGAUCAAAGAAGGGAACUUCAGACGCUCGAAAAAGCGGAAGGUUCUUUUGCUGCUAUUACCCAAGCUCAUAAAUACGCAAAUGUUACUGAAAUAAUUACAGCUUUUCAACAAGAAGAAGACUUUUUCGGCAAUGGAAAAAUAAUUGAUGUUGUUCAAAAGCUUAAAGAAGAGAAUGAAUUUUUAACUGAAAUUUAUUGGCUGUUCAAGUCAUGGGACGAGUUGAUUUUAUACCAGAAGGAUAUAUGGCAUGUUGUUAGAAAGAUAUGGCCUGAAAUUAAAUUGAUGGAUGACUGGCCAUUGGAUUUUGUUCAUUUUAUUCUCACAUCUCCAGAAGGAAGAACGAAUCUGAAAAAUUUCGUACAAGUUGCUAAUGACGUCGUGGCUGGUCAAAAAAAAUUAGCUGGUUCUGGAAAUUCUUCUGAAAGUAUUCUGCAAGAUUCAACUCAAAAAUUUGAGAAACAUGAUAAUAAUUCGGAGACCAACAACAACAGUAGUUUGUCAUUUUCUACGGAUUUCGAAGCUGGAAAUGUCGGGAGUGCAAAUCAGAGUCUUCCUGCUGUUACAAAAGUGAAAAAAUUCGAGACAACAAAACUUUCUGUUGUUCCAACAGCUGAUCGACACUCAUCAGAACCAGAUUUGUGGAGUGUAGACUUUGAGCCAUCACUUUUUGAUACAGUUACCCCCGAAUCCAGUAGUUCCACAUCACAAGAUAAACAAGACAGAUCAAGUUCGAGCACCCAGUUGAAUCAAUCUACCCCAGACAUGCCACAGCAACCAGUGCCACCCCAAUUUGCCUUUCAUUUAACACAAUCAGUAUCAGAUGAACGACAGUCAUCAGGACCAGAUUUGUGGGGUGCAGAGUUUAAACCAUCAUUUUUCGAUACAGUUACCCCCGAAUCCAGCAAUUCAACAUCACAAGAUGAACAAUACAGAUCAAGUACAAGCACCCAGUUGGAGCAAUCUACUCCAGAUGUGCCACAGCAACCAGUGUUACCACAAUUUCCCUUCCAUUUAACACAAUCAGCACAUCCAAUGCAAGGCCAACAUAGUCAGCAUGCGGAUCAUUUUCAGGCUUUACUGAUACAACAGAACAGAGAUUCAACUAGAGGACACUCAUCAGAGAUUUGGAGUGGAAACUAUAGACCAUCAUUUUUUGAGAUAGUUACCCCAACAUCCAGCAGAAUUAAACUUCAAGAUGCACAUUACAUAUCAAGUCUGAACGUCCCAUGGAGGCAACCUGUUCCAGGCAUUCAGCAGCAACCAUGGCAACCAAGAUUACCCUUUUAUUCAACACAGCAAGGUAUUAAUAGGGCAGAUCCAAAUGGAAAUUCAAUGCAAAAAAACGAAAUCGAACGGCAGAAAAUGUUCGGUGCUUCACAAGUAUGCUCACCAAGAUUUCGCACAACCUGA